AAAAUAAGUAACGUAAACGUAACACCUCUGUUUAUUUGUUCAGUAUCUGCUCUAUUGUUUGUUAUCUCCCUCCAAAAUCGUGUGGAUCUCUGCAUAAAUUUUCCCUCAAAUCAUCGAUUCAUUUAUCACUAUCAUUCUUCUUCCAUCAAAAUUAAAAUCAAAAUCUACCUACAAAUAACCAGCACUUUCAAUUUUCCCGAUCUAUAUUACUAAUUUAUCCUAAAUUCUUUAUAUAAAAAAGAUCUAGGGUUCCUGCUUAAUUCACAGUUGUAAUGACAACCGCAUUUGUUCCUAGAAUCUAAUCGCUGCACGCGUUUUCGAUCCAAACCCAUUGAAAAAGCUAAUCCGCGAUUAGUUUUGAUAACUGUUCGGUUCGGUUUGUUAAUGAGAGAUAUUAUUAUACGAUACGGUUUUGGUUUUAGAUGAGCAUGGAGGUCGUUAACGAUGCGGCGUCGUUUGAUGUUGAAUUUUUGCAGCUACCAGAGGUGUCUUCUAUGGCUCUCAAGUCUAACCUCAGCUUCGUUGAAACGCUCUUUGAGCAGUGGCUUUCGCUCCCUGAAACCAAUCGUUUGGUAACAUCGUUGCUAAAUGAUGCCAAGUCUGGUGUUCCGUUGAAUGUACCGGGUAAUUGCUCGAGUCCAAAUGCUGCGAGCAAUUCUUUGCCUUCCAUGUUUCCUGCUGGCACUGCACCACCUCUUUCACCGAGAAGUUCGUCUGGUUCCCCUCGCAUAGUGAAACAAAGAGUCGGCCCUUCUAAUUUGGGUUCUCCUUUGAAAGUUGUUAGCGAGCCAGUUAAAGAAUUUAUACCUCAGUUCUACUUUCAAAAUGGACGUCCUCCUCCCAAUGAACUGAAAGAACAAUGCUUGCUUAGAAUUGACCAUUUAUUCCCUGAUCACUUGCAUGGGCUGCAGAUACAAGAAUUCAAGUCCGUUACUAAGGAAGUAUGCAAGCUGCCAUCUUUUCUUUCCACAUCUCUUUACAGAAAGAUUGAAAAUGGAGCUGGUAUUGUGACAAGGAAAGCCUUUAUUGAUUAUUGGAUUAAUGGCAACAUGAUGACGAAGAAUAUAGCGACCCAAAUAUACACAAUUUUAAAGCAACCACAACUCAAUUACCUUACUCAGGAUGAUUUUAAACCUGUGCUACGUGAGCUUUUGGCAACUCAUCCAGGGUUGGAGUUCCUGCAGAGCACACCUGAGUUUCAAGAGAGAUAUGCCGAAACCGUGAUAUAUAGAAUAUAUUACUACAUCAAUAGAUCAGGAAAUGGUCGUCUUACCCUGAGGGAGCUGAAGCGUGGAAACAUAAUUGAUGCAAUGCAGCAUGCUGAUGAAGAAGAAGACAUCAACAAGGUUUUGAGAUUCUUCUCUUAUGAGCACUUUUAUGUUAUAUACUGCAAGUUUUGGGAGCUGGAUACAGACCACGAUUUCGUGAUAGACAAAGAGAAUCUUAUCAGAUAUGGUAACCAUGCGCUGACCUAUCGAAUUGUUGAUAGAAUAUUUUCUCAGGUUCCAAGAAAGUUUACUAGUAAAGUUGAGGGAAAGAUGGGAUAUGAAGAUUUUGUUUAUUUCAUACUAUCAGAAGAGGAUAAAUCAUCUGAGCCGAGUCUCGAAUAUUGGUUUAAGUGUGUUGAUUUGGAUGGAAAUGGAGUUCUGACACGGAAUGAACUGCAAUUUUUUUAUGAGGAGCAACUGCACCGAAUGGAGUGCAUGGCUCAAGAACCUGUGCUUUUUGAGGAUAUAUUGUGCCAGAUAAUUGACAUGAUUGGAUCUGAGAACGAAAGUUAUAUCACUCUGCUAGACCUGAAGGGUGGUAAACUCUCUGGAAGUAUUUUCAAUAUCCUGUUCAAUCUAAAUAAGUUCAUGGCCUUUGAAAGUCGUGACCCAUUUUUGAUUCGCCAGGAACGUGAGAAUCCUACAUUGACAGAGUGGGAUCGUUUUGCUCACAGAGAAUAUAUUAGGCUUUCAAUGGAAGAAGAUGUAGAGGAUGUUUCUAAUGGAAGUGCAGAAGUUUGGGAUGAAUCACUAGAGGCUCCCUUCUAACAUCUUCUAUGUACCAUCUCACUUCAAGCAUUAGUAUACAUCAAUACAGUAUAUGAAAAGAUAUCGACACUCUAGAUCAGAUGACUGGCCGUUGCGCAGAGACUGUAGGCUCAGGUCAGCUUUGAGUCCCAAUUUUGCCCCCUCAAAAGUGGAAAAUUCUGAGCUUUGCAAUGGAAUGUAUUUUGGAUGCGGGCAAUGCAUCAACAACGAUAUCCAGAUCUUCUGGUAGAGACAGACCAUGGGACCAUUAUGAUGAAAGUUUUGUUGAUUGUACCAAUUGUUACUGUAAAGUGAGGAUACAUUUCCUAAAGGGUGAUCAGCCCCAAGUUGUAUUUAAUUAAUUUCAUUGAGUAUGCUUGCCAUAAGUAGCGAGAAAAUUAGAGUAGUUUGUUUCAAUAGUUUACUAGUUCAUAUGGCCUGUGAUCAGUUUACUUGAAGAAAACAUUUGCAAAAAUUAAAAAUAAAAAUUUUGCCUUCACCUAGUACUCAGGCUGUUAUUUGAUGAA